AUGGCCGCCUCCACCAGGUCCGUCUGCUCUGACGCUUGCACCAGCUCCUCCUGGCAGGUGGACGACUGCCCAGAGAGCUGCUGUGAGCCCUGCUGCUGUGCCCCCAGCUACUGCCAGCCUAGCUGCUGUGCCCCAGCCCCCUGCCUGACCCUCGUCUGCACCCCAGUGAGCUGUGUGUCCAGCCCCUGCUGCCAAUCUUCCUGCUGCACACCCUCAUGCUGCCAGCAGUCUAGCUGUCAGCCAGCUUGCUGCACCUGCUCCCCCUGCCAGCCAUCCUGCUGUGUACCUGUCUGCUGCACACCUGUCUGCUGCAAGCCAGUGUGCUGUGUCACCAUCUGCUCUGGCUGCCAGCCGACCUGCUGCGUGCCCGUCUGUUGCAAGCCUGUCUGCUAUGAGGCAGGCUGCUGUGGGGCUUCCUCCUGCUGCUGUUGA